UCUCUCUCUCUCUCUCUCGCACGCCGAAACCCUAGGUUCCAUGCCAUCGAAGCUUCGUUGACUCGUGGCCCUCGUCUUCAUCCCCCCAUGGCGCUCCGCCAGUCGUAAGGCAGCCUCUCCGUCGUAGAUAUCAAGAACCCAAGUCUUUAACAGGGCAGCUGCAUUGUAUACACACAGAUUGCUGUCUCUCUACCGAGAUGCCCCAAAUCAUUUAUUCAUCUGAUGGACCUGGUAAUAGCGAUUUUUGUCAUCAGAUACUCGGGAUCACAUUUUAUAAGUUCAAGAUCAUCAAUUAGAAUGAGAAGAUUCCAGUUUCAUUAUCAAAGUAUCUGCUUCAGAAUUUCAUUUAGAGCUCCCCUAUUGAUAAGUGCUGGGUUCCUGCAAUUUUUAUUUUCCAUUUUUCUUGCACAGUAAUUAUUGCUUUCUUCGAGUAGAUUUCUGUCUGUUGUUUUGCAAGUUGCUCAUUUUUUCCCAUUUUUUUUAUAUGCUCUGCUCGAUAUGUAUGAGCUAUGCUGAUUUUAUCAUCUUCCAAUGUGUGAUAGGCAUGAAGUUGUUGCCAUUUUUUCUGGAAUCACUUGUUAGUAGUUUAAAAGCUGUUGAUAGACGGGAUUGUAAAAAGACAAUUGACUGAGUAUAUUAUCCAGACAAGACUAUAGGCGAAGUAUGAGAAUGAUGAAAUUUCCAAAGCGUUACUUGAUAGUCAUUUUAACCUUCAUCAGCACAUCUGUUUGCUACAUAGAACGUGUGGGCUUCUCUAUUGCAUAUACAGUUGCAGCUGAUGAAGCCAAGGUAAGCCAAUCAACUAAAGGAAUGAUACUUUCUACGUUCUAUUGUGGAUAUGCCUGCUCACAGGUGCCUGGAGGAUGGGUAGCUCAGAAAAUUGGGGGAAGGAAGGUCCUCCUUAUUUCUUUUGUGUUGUGGUCGUCGACUUGUGCAUUAGUCCCUUUAGACCCUAGUAAAGUUGUGGUGUUAGUGAUUGCCCGCUUGCUUGUUGGUGUGGCACAAGGCUUCAUCUUCCCCUCCAUCCACACAGUUCUAGCACAGUGGGUUCCGCCCCAUGAAAGAUCCAGAUCCGUUUCUCUAACAAUGUCUGGGAUGUAUCUUGGCGCAGCUGUGGGAAUGCUUGUCCUUCCAAGCCUGGUGAAGUAUAGAGGGCCCCAAUCUGUAUUUCUUGUUGAGGCAGCAUUAGGUGCCAUGUGGUGCUUGCUUUGGUUCAAGUAUGCUAGUGACCCUCCUCGGUCUGAACAUCCGAAAGCCACUGCUGCUGGUUUUGGUGAGUCUUUGCUGCCACUCAAAGGAAACCAGAAAAUGAAAGUGGAGAAUGGUGGAUUGUCUGCCAGAACUCCCAGCAUCCCAUGGAAAAAGAUUUUACUCAGCUUGCCAGUUUGGGCUAUUGUUGUAAAUAAUUUCACUUUCCAUUAUGCCUUGUAUGUGUUGAUGAACUGGCUGCCAACAUACUUUGAGCAAGGCCUGCAGCUUAGCCUUCAGGAGAUGGGAUCAUCUAAAAUGAUGCCAUAUUGUAACAUGGUUAUAUUUUCAAAUAUUGGGGGAGUGGUUGCUGACCACUUAAUCACCAAGAGAAUUUUGUCUGUGACUAAAAUCCGGAAGUUGUUGAACACUGUUGGAUUCUUAGUUGCUGCUCUUGCGUUGAUGGCAAUUCCCAUUUUCAGAACCGCUGGUGGAGCCAUCUUCUGUUCUUCUGUGGCUCUUGGUUUCUUGGCAUUAGGAAGAGCUGGGUUUGCGGUAAACCACAUGGAUAUUGCUCCGAGAUAUGCAGGGAUUUUGAUGGGAGUUUCUAAUACUGCUGGCACAUUCGCUGGCAUCAUUGGAGUUGAUCUAACUGGUAGGCUUCUUGAAGCUGCGAGAAGUGCUAAUGCAGACCUUUCAAGUCCAGAAACCUGGAGAACAGUGUUUUACAUACCUGGGUUUCUCUGCAUCUUUAGUUCUUUGGUGUUUAUACUGUUUUCAACAGGGGAGAGAAUUUUUGAUUGAAUUUUCUUUGUUUCGUGUAAAGGUCAGAUCUGGCCGUCGAGAUCCAUUUAUAAAUUUCUGCUGAUGAGCCUUGUGAUGCUUGUUCAGCAUGCCAUUCUAUCUAAGGAGGGUAUAUGAUGCAACUGCCAAAGAAAGAAUUUGAAGGGUAGCUUACCUGUAGGAUAGCUAUUGAAUAUAUUCUUUGAUGUGCCACUGUAAAGAAUCUGCAACUCAUGUACUUGUUAUAUUUAAUCAUGACGCCAUAAUCGAACAGGUUCUCAUCUGGCUCAUGAAGCAAUGUAUCUUUGUGAUAAGUUAAGUUGUAAUUGACUGAUUGCAUAAGAAAAUAAAAGGCUCCAGCAAUAGAGCUGGAUAAUGAGGAUUUGUUGCUUAUA